UUCCUCUUUGUGUAUUUGCUCCUUUUGCGCCUUGUUGCAGCGGCUUCGCUCUACUGUGCACAGCACUUCCUCAACGCGGACCGUUUGUGUGGACACUCGGAACCGACUCCUACUAAUGAAUUGCUUGACUGUGUUUCACUUGAGGCCCGGAUCGACUGUCGAGUGGUUUAGGUAGUUUCAUGUUGUUGGGGUCCUUUUUCUAACUCUGCAACAUUAAACUGUCUUAAUUGCCCCAGUUACUAACAUCGACACCAAACGGAAAGCGAAUCAGAAGCAUAAGAUGACGGAAUUGUCGACAAUUGUGCCGCAAACGAACAAACAAACCUGCCCGCCUUAUAAAUCAGGGAGGGGUCCAUGUGGAGCUGCUGAGCGUAUUGUUGUCCUGUCUAAUGUCCUGUGUUCUUCACGUGUUUCUCCCUCGAGCACCUACGAGGUCUGGGGGUGUGCGUGUGUUGCGUUCGGACGCGAUUGAAGCCGAGCCGCACGCGUCGUGGACUUGGGAUUAAUGGUAAAGCGGCGAGCGUUUUCCGUGAGUAGUAGUGACGCAGACGCGCCAGACAAGGCCUCGGUUACGACCACUGCAGUGGAGGGGAAGGGGAAGGUGAAUGGGGCAACAGCGACCUCCGUGGGCAAUGAGACCGGAUACUUCCGCUGCGCAGUGGCGGCUCAGACAAAAGGAGGGGAAGGGCUUUAUGGCGAUAUUUAGAUCCGCCAGACAGGCUGUUAUCUGCACAGGCAAAAGAAGUGAAUAGCCCCCGCGGUAAACCGAGUGAAAAAACACCCUGAUUUAGGUUUACAGCCUGGGAGCCAUUGGCAAAGUGGCGUCUUUUCCUGCUCUGAAGGUGUUUGUCUAUUCUAAGUCUUAGUGCACAAAUAGGCGCGCAGCCCGUCGUUUCCCCCCUCGGCUUGUUUGAUGUCUGUUGGCCAAAUAAUGUGCAGCUCGCGGAGAGGUGAUAGCCUGCAACCAGGGCGCACGGCGCAGACACCUCGCGACGUCUUCCGCGCUCCGCUGCUAAGCGCAAUAUAGUAACAGGCGAGUGGGGAGAAUUCCUGCGUGUUUAAUUGCCUGUGGCCUCGUGGGGUGUUGGCCAAGCUCUCCGUUUAUUUGCUGGUAAUAAAUAUAACGCGCAGCGGAAUAUGUGAGAACCCGAGGUGGCUGAUUUGUAGAUCUGCAUUGGCGAGCAGCGUGUUAGUUAACACGCAGGCACCAGAGUCCAAGGCUUUGUUUGUUUGUUUUUCUUUGUUAUGCUUGUAUCAGUGUGAGAAUCUUCUCAUGCUUUUGAGUUAAUAAAAUGUGACAUGUCCACUUUCAAACAAUACAUUUUAUUCCAAGUUAAAAUUCCACCAUUUAUAAAAAUCCAAAGUUAAUGGUGCAUAUUUACACUAGUCUGUAUUUAUUAGCUACUUUAGCUAUUUUUAAUUAUUAUUUUCAACGGCUUCCGUGAAGCUACGUUUUUUGCGUACUUGCCACAUGCAAUGUUCAAAAGACGAAACCACUAACACCAGUUUGAGCAUAUUCCUAAAUCUACUGAGUGUAACUUUACGCCGUCGCCUUGGCUGCUGGCAGAUAUUAGACAGAAUCUGUUAAUGGCAGCGAUUACAACAUGCGGACUUAUGCAAGUGUUAACGACGAUGCAAAUAAUAAACACUUUAGGCACAAAAACCACGAAUUGACACGACAUUUUUUUCUUUUAAUUUUCUCCUUUUGUAAAAUAUUUCAGAAAUUUCUAUUUUGCUUUAAUUUAGUUUGUCACUAACAAACUGUAAACCGAACAUCUUCAGUUUAUUUGUUGUUGUUGUUACUUUGUAAUAUACAUGUACAUUUUAUCAAUAAUACAGUUAAAAACAUGUUUGUAAUAUAAAUUGAGUUUACACGGUUAGGCUAAUUAUAGACGCUAAUAAUUGUGUGUAAACUGCAACAAGACGAACUUGAAAAUAAAAUAAUAAAAUAAUCAGUGCUUGAGUUGGUGUUUUUUUAAGUGGAAUCUUUCACAAUAACUUAUUUCCAAUGGCUAGAAAUACACCUAAUAUUUUAAUGUUUGAGCUUUAAUGUGAAAAUGUGCAAUAUGCGGUGCGGUAUAUGCCGUUGUAUUCUUUCUGUGUUGUAGUUUAGGUUAUUAUAUCGGCGCAUAUUGAGCUGUAACCUCAUCGCAGGCGCUGAAGCUAAAAGUCCUGCAUGAAACAGCGGCGAGCUUUUGGGUAAUUCUUCCGUUCUGAACCAACCAGAACCUACACAGUAUCACAUUCACAAGUGCAACAAACCCCUAUUUCAUGAAUACUGAAUAUGAGGUUUGUGUUGCUGGUGAGUUAUGUUUGAUAUUUCAGGCCGGAAAGCGCGAGGUGGUGGCUGUUUCUGCCGAAAUGUGGCAAAAAUAUAUCAGAUGCAGUUUGCACUGACUUGAUUCGAGAUCCAGACGAUGUUUGAGCUUUAAAUUGCAGAUUUUUUAAUACGGCUGCGGUUCGAAUAUGUGUUAGUGAGCAGCAAUGGUAGGGUGCUUACGUGUCCUAUAAAAUACCUCGUAAAAUAAGGCUUCCAAAAACAUACUUUAUCGUUCUGGUUGUCUGUGAGGGAUUCUAACGGCAGCAGCAUGAAAUACUGGAAAACAUCAUUUCGGUCAGUCAUUCAUUUUUCCAUGUUGCGGAUUUCAGAUCUUUCGCAUAUGUUUAAUUCUUAGCUUUAAAACCAGGAGUUGUUACAGGAGCGCGGGUGAGUAUUUAAUGACCAAAGGGAUUGAUUUAUCCUUUAUUGUUCAGCCUUUGUGGUCACGUGUGCGCGUUACCCAAUGGCAUGGCAGCCUGUCUCCCCAUUACUAGUCCACUGUAGUUCUCUGUGGGGCCAAGUUGCUACUUGAUUUCUCCACAUUGUUAUUUUGUGAGGCUAGGUUUACUGCGUGUGUGUGUGUGUGUGUGCGUGUGUAUGUUGUGUGCGCGCGUUUUACUUUUGCAUGCAUCUGCUGUAUGACGGUGUACAUGUAACUAGUCUAUUUUUUCCUGCCAUGUCGACAUCCGGAACGCUGACCAGUUACUACGUCGAUUCCCUCAUUCUGCCCGAGAGUGAGGAGCUCUCUGUGCCGAGAUACCCCUCCGGUCCAGGGCUCCAGCACCCGAGACAGUCCGCCUCCCUGAGCGACCACAGCGAGCUUGGAGCUUGCACCUUUCCGUCCAAACCUCCGGUGUUCGGUCCGUCAUGGAGCCACGUCCCCGGCACUCAGUUCCCAGGGACGGUCUCCUCUGUUUAUCAUCACCACUAUGGGCAUCCCCAAGGCCCGGUAGGUGCAGACACAGAUGGCCGCUACCAGUCGUGGCUGCUAGAACCUAUGUCCGGUUCGCUGCCCAUGACCGGAUUACCGACGACCCACCACUACGGGAUCAAACCGGAGGGUCUGGGAGCGAGAGCUGACGGGACGCUGCCGGGCUCCCACACGGCGCUGCUGCUCUCCGACUACGCCAACGGGACCGUGGCGACGGCAUCACCGGUGGAAAAGGACGCGCUGUCCGGCCAAGCAGGCGACAUAAGCGGGGAGAGCGAGGAGAAACCAGGCCUGGAUCCAAAUAACCCCGUGUCCAACUGGCUCCACGCGAGUGCCACGAGAAAAAAGCGCUGUCCGUACACCAAGCACCAGAUCCUGGAGCUGGAGAAAGAAUUCCUGUUUAACACCUACCUGACCAGGGACCGUAGGUACGAGGUGGCGAGGCUGCUAAACCUCACCGAGAGACAGGUUAAAAUCUGGUUCCAGAACCGCAGGAUGAAGAUGAAGAAGUUUAAUAAAGACGGCGCACCGAAAGACGAAUGACUGAACCCAUAGGUAAACAGUAUUUAGGCCGGUGGCGAGCUUCACGUGGGAGCUCUGAGCUCUGCUGGACCCUGUUUUUAAACUUCAUUGUCUUAUUGUUCCAUAACAGACGCUUUUAGGCUUCGCCUAUUUGUCUUGAUAUAAAUCGCAUGCCGCGCUUCAGUUCGAUGCGACUACCUUUGUAUUGCACAAUUUUAACAGUGCCCACUCCUUUUAUUAUUAUUAUUUUUAAUUUUGUUCAUUUUUAAACUUGAUUUGAAUUAAUACCUCGUUAACGUGUAUUAGUUGGCCUCGUCCCUGUGCUUUGUUGUGUAUGAGUGCUUUUAGCUGUGCGUGUUUUCUGGUUUGUAGCGACAUUUGUCUAUCUCAGAGUUAUCUAAACGUAUAGUUUGUGAAAUACACUAAUUUUAUUGUUGUUUCUCUCUUACUCCUAUUCAACUAUGACUGAUGACCAUGAGUUUGAAUCUAACAUUGGAACCGUAGAUGAACAAGACUGAUGACUCAUCGCAUUUUGAAGUGGGUACAUAAACCUCACAGACCUCUGAAAAAUGCUCACUAAAUUAUAUGUUAUAGAUUCUAUAUCACAUGAUUGACUACCUAUGUCUUUCAACUACCUACAAUAACCUCAUUUCUUUUCUCAAUGGUGGAUUAUAGUAGAUUUGCUUGCGUGAGAUAUAACGAAUUUACGAAUUUCAGGGAGUAACCUUUUGAAAGAACAUGUUUAUUAGUGAGAGAACAUGAAAUAAAACACUGUAGGCUACUUAUGGAAUACCUCGCGAUCUGCUGAUCGUCUGACUUUUGGUUCACAAAUGUAAUUUGUACUUUAUUUAUUAAAUAAACAAAUUAUAUCUGCGAAUGCA